AUGACAAACGAAUGCAGCAGUACGUCUAAGACUUUGGACUUUUACUACAAUGCAUUCGACCAACUUGGAUAUUCCAAAUCACUUGCAGAAAAAAGAGUUUUGCUUUGGGACAAAGCGAUCGAACAAUUUAUGGUACGUGGUAAACUUUGGCAUGAGAAGAAUGAUAAUCUUGAUCUGAUCAUUGUUGGAAGUCGUGGAGAAGGUUGUGGAAUUUUAAGCGAUGUUGACGUGUUAUUUGUCCAUUUAUAUGUUAAAUGUUUUGAGGAAUCUCCAACUUUUUUACCAGAGAGACCCUCACAAGCAGUAUUUCAACUCGAUUUUAAAGAUGUUCCAGAAGGAUACACAACGUUGAAAUUGAUAAAGAUUGACGAUCUCCUCGAUGCUACCCAGAGAUCAAGUGACCCAUAUCUGACAAACAUCAGGGAUGCACUUGUGGAAAAGAAUGGAUUGUGCUACCUAAGAAACGAUCGGUUAAUAAUUCACGACAUAUCUAAUUUCCUUAAUGAAAGCAUUACCAAAGAAACUGUAUUUGCGGAUAUAAAUGGGCCUGCAAGGUCAGUCAUAUUUGAUGCUAAAUAUAUAAAUGUGUCAAUGGAUCUCGUUCAAUCUUUUCCAUGUUUUGGUCCAUCAGUUGGUUAUAAUUGGAGCAACCGACCCAGAAAGUACAACUGGCCGCCCAAAAACUUGAUAGAAACUGUGAAAGGAUUAGAUGUCCUAGUAGUUCCCGUUGGGAAGAAAGAUGCAACAGACGAAAUUUUACAGUGGAGAAUCUCACAGACAUUCGCUGAACAAGCGUUGGUGCGUUCUUUUAACGAUCCACAAAUAAAAAUAUUUGCCGCACUAAAAAUGUUGGUAAAACACGAGCUAAAACCUAUUUGUGAAAAUAUUACUUCCUAUGUUGUUAAAAACACAAUAUUCUGGGUUUUCGAAAAGUCAAGACCAGUUUACACGAAAGGUGACUUCUUUGAUGUACUUUUGUAUUCUUUGAGAUAUCUGAAGGUGAGCAUAGAAUGGAAGUACUUACCAAACUACAUGAUGCCCUCUAGGAAUUUAUUAGAAAGUAAAGUAUCUGUAAGGGACAGAACAGCAUGUGUAGGCCGCCUUAAUGACAUGAUUGAAGAAGGGUCUGACAUUUUAUUAAGAUGUCCGUUAGUGAAUGAAAUGUUUGAAAUGCCCCACAAUAGAUUGCAAGAGAAAAUGAUUUACAGAGAGCUUCUCGAUCAGAUAUUUCAAUCAGUAGUCGCAUUCCCAUCUACAAAUUUAAAACUGUACUUCAGAUUUCUCUAUGAACUGAAAAAAUCGAAAUAA